AUGGCGCCUGGAAUCCUCCAGUCCGAUGUUCCGGCCGCACUGCCGGCUCAGAAAGUCGCCAAGAACGACACCCACCACGCACCCUACAAUCCCGACAAUGAUAUCUACGGGAACUACUUUCCUGCAGACCCGAAAACGCUUAGUUUGGAGUCGAACUUCGGUCCGAUGGAUGCUUCAUCGAUUGGAUACCUUCAACCAACUCACCGGGACACUCCCCUUGAGAUCAUGCGUGAGCGUUUCGAGCGAGACGGCUACCUCUUGAUCAAGGAUCUUCUCCCACACGAACCUGUGCUCAAGUGCCGUCGCGAAUACUUCUCACACAUGAGCCCUAGCGGCCUCCUCCGCCCCGGCACCGAUCCCGUGGAAGGCACCUUUUCCGGGAAGGACACUCGUAAAUAUCUGCCUCCUGGUAACCUCCGUCGCCUUUUCGGCCUGAAAGACGACACCGAGAGCGACAAGUACGCGGAGCUCAUGGUCUCUGCCCACGAAGCCGACUUCUACGUCAACUUCUGCAAGUUCCCGGAGCUGCGCGAAUUCGUGAGCCGUUUUACGGAUUGGAAGUCUCCUCACAUGCUUCAACGUACCAUGCUUCGCGCCUUCGUUCCCGAUAGCGAGUUGACGCCGGUGCAUUUCGAUCAAAUGUAUCUUCGCGCCGGCCCGCCCACGAGCUUGACGGCCUGGGUCCCCAUAGGUCCUGUAUCGCUCGAGGGCGGCGGCCUGAUGUAUCUCGAGGGCUCGACUGAUAUCGGCAUGAAGACUGAGGACGACUUUGCCAAGAACGCUCACAAUCUCAGCGAUGAGGAGAGAGUGAGCGCGUUCAACAAGAACAUGAAUGAUGGAGGGUUUCUUAGUCGCGAUACGGUUACAUAUGGCAAGGAGUCCAAAAGAAAGUGGCUGAUCGCGGAGUAUGAGGUAGGAGAUGUCAUCUUCCACAACCCAUACAUGGUCCACGCGAGCUGCAAGAAUAAGGAUUCCAACGCCAGGAUUCGUCUUGCCACAGACCUGCGCUUCGUCGACCCCGAGAAACCCUACGACAGGCGCUGGAUGAAGGUCUACAAGCCCCUUGAUGGCUUGUAA